GCUGAACAUUUUCACCGGUACUGGCGUGAUCCAUUCGGUCGUAUUUAAGCAUGACAGUUGGAAUCAUGAAGCAUGAACAUAGACGAUUAACGCCGGUUGGUAACAACCAUCAUAACAUCAUAACCUUUAAACCUUGGAAUUUUUUCAUUUUUUCAAAUUUUUAUUUAUAUUUAAGAUUAAAAAUGGGUCUACAUAUUAUGGUAGGCAGAGUAUCAAUCAAUUGCACCAGGAUUAUUUCCAAAGAUUUGUUCAGAGUGAGUGGUCUUAAAUCAUGCCUUCAGGUGGGUUCUAGUCAAAGUUGUUCAACAGAGGUACCCAAAAAUCAAUUAGAUAAUGUUAUAUCUGCCAAUAAACAAAAAGGUAGAGGUGUUGUUUAUGAUAAAAAACCAUUCAAGCUUCCAGUUGAAGCAGGCAAAAGGUACUCUUGGUGCUCAUGUGGUAGGAGUAAAAGUCAGCCACUAUGUGAUGGAACACAUAGAAUAGUUCAACUUAAAAUAACCCAAAAGCCUGUCAAAUUCAUGGUGAACAAAACAGAAGAAUACUGGCUGUGCAACUGCAAACAUACGAACAAUCCCCCAUUUUGUGAUGGCUCCCAUAAGUCAACUGUUGUUCAAGAAGCAUCUUCCAUCAUAAGGCAAUAAAAGUUUUCUCAUGAUAUUUCAUAUAUAAUAGCAGCAAUUAAAUAACAAUUCUUCACUAAGUUGUGUUUCUUAUGAAGUAUUUAGGUAUGGUACAUUUCAUUUACAAACAACUUAUAGAGUACUAAAAAUUAUUAAUUGGUCUAAGGGUUAUGUUUUGCUUCUGGAUGUUUCAGGAUGUGACUUAUCCUCUUGAAUUUUAGUUGUAUUCACUAUCUCAUGGUCUAACCUCUCCUUUGCUCUGACAACUUUUGACUGAAGAUAAAAUGAUGUCUUCUCAUUUGCUUUAAAUAGUCUUUGAUAUUUCUCUUCUAUUUCCUCUUUAGACAGUUGACUAACGUUCAGUAUUUGUUUGGCUUCUUCAAGAGACAAUCCUAGUUUCUGGUUUGCCACUCUUUCACUUCUAGUUUUGGUAUUUCCUAACCUCUGUGCUGCCUGCUGAGAAGCUUCAAUUUCUUGUUUCACAGCUCUAGCGAAAGCUCUCGCAACGACUUGAGUGCCAGCGAAAAUAAUUUGAGCUAUAUAUUUAGCCAUUCUAUUUACAAUACUUGUAAUAUUAUAUUUUAUAUUUUCGUCUAUUCUUCAUAACCUCAUUUUUCGAAGGCAGUAACCAGAGUGACCUUGAAUUGGUAUAAU